CGCCGGCAAGAGGUUGAAUGGUAUAGUUUUUCUGUUUAUGUUGUCAGUGCUAAAAUAAAAAAAUAAAAGAACACAUUUUUUCGCAAAUACUUACCGGUCUGAAUUUAUGAUUUUCUUCUGGUGUUAAUAGUAAAUGUGGUGUUAUUUAAAAUAUUUAUGUAAAAGUUGUACACGUAAAACAUCAUGUUGGAGAAUGAAGUGUUGGCGCUGCAAAAUCAAUUAACCAUCGCACGCAAUGAAAUCAACAAAUUGAGACAACAAGUGCGCAAUUUGCAACACGUUCAAAGAAAGGAUAUUGAUAGUGUGGCCCGUCUGCUUCGAGAAUUCCGCUGCGAGGGUUGUCGUCGCCAAACUGCAGAGGAAAACACCCGCAAUAGCAAUGUAAUACCCAAGCAAAAUCAGCAAUUAGAUGACUCAAAUGCAGAGGCAUUGGGUGGUGUGCGUUGGCAACAAAUCGGCGUGAUACGUACCGCAUUUCCGGAAAAACGUGGCGUACCUCGACAGUCGAGUGUAGGUGGUCGAUUGCGUGGUAUUGUGGAGUUGAACUCCGAUACUUUUACAAAUCCAGAACACGCAUUGGAAGGCUUAGAAGAAUACUCACACAUGUGGCUAAUUUACCAUUUUCAUAAAAACAAUGCACAUCCGAAGGCCAAGGUCGCACCGCCGCGUUUGGGUGGUGAACGUGUGGGUGUAUUUUCCACACGUUCACCGCAUCGUCCCUGCCCAAUCGGUUUGUCCUUGGUGGAAAUUGAAAAGGUGGAAGGACCAACGAUUACAUUCUACGGAACCGAUAUGGUUGAUGGUACACCAUUGCUUGAUAUUAAACCAUUUAUACCGUUUUAUGAUUCACCAGUUUCGCCAAUGGACUCUGGUCGCAUUUCUGUUGGUCCUUUGGAAACACUGGAUUUUUAUGAUUCGCGUCAAGAGCCGGAUGGUGAAGAAUCAGAGCUUGAAUUGCUUGCAGCUGGUGCUACAGGAGGAAGUAAUAGUAGUAGUGAUGAUACUGUCGGCGGUAGUGGCAGUGGUGGUGUAGGGAAUUACCAUAGUUCAACACCUCCCAAUUUAGUUAACCAUAUUUCACCGCCGUUGAGUGCUGUAAAAGUACCCAAUUGGGUAGCAGGAAGUCAUCGCUUAAAGGUUUGCUUUAAUGAGCGCGCUGAAACCCAAUUACAAGAGCUACAAGUUAAUCGGCAAUGCAUAAUAGACAUUUUAGAAGCUGAUCCGCGUUCUGUGUAUCUGCGUACAAAAUAUGGUUCACAAAUAUUCACCUUUCAAUUAAGCGAAGUAACUGUAACUUGUAAAUUCGAUGACAAAGCCGCAAUGGUAACAGUGGUGCAAAUCCGUAGAACGGAAAAUGUACAAGACGAAGAAGUAGCAGAGUGAAAAAGACUUUCUUCACGUAAAUACAUAUAAAAUUAUGUAGAAAUGUUGGAGGAUUUUCAUUUAAACACUAGUAUUCUUAUGGUUGACAGAUGGAGCUAAAGCUAAAUUAAAAAGAAAAACUUAUAGUAGUAUACGCAUGUACGACAUGACCACCUGUGUUGGUCUCACGCAAUCUUCAUCGCUCUUGCAUAUUUAGCCAAACUGCAGUUGGCGCAGUGGGUAUUUAAGUUAAGCAAUCAAUCGUUGUUAACUGCAGCUAUGUAGAAACCUGGUUUUUAACGGUUGGCAUAAUAUUCCAUUUUAGCUGCUGUGCUUGUUUGUAUUUUAAAUAUGCUUUCCGUUUAAGUUUUAAUUAUAUUAACGUAUACGUUAUAAUAAGCUUGGUAUAGAUGUUGUUUGUCUGCUUACAAAACAUAUCGUCUAUAGAAAAAAAUAUCAAUGACAAUUAUAGCAACUAUUUAAGUAAAUAAAUGUUGAUAAUAUACUAAA